AUGUCCACAACAGAGACCGCUACGCCUAUUGGCAUUGCCAACCUCCCUAACCAGCGACACAAGAUUGUCGCGAAGCGGGGUGCGGCUUUUACUAUUAUGGUUGCUGGAGAGUCGGGACUGGGAAAGACAACCUUCAUUAACACCCUUUUCUCUACCACCAUCAAGAACUAUGCCGAUCACAAGCGCCGCCACCAGAAGCAGGUUGACCGCACCGUGGAGAUUGAGAUUACCAAGGCAGAGCUCGAGGAGAAGUUCUUCAAGGUCCGCCUCACCGUUAUUGAUACCCCCGGCUUCGGAGACUACGUGAACAACCGCGAUUCGUGGCAGCCCAUUAUCGAGUUCCUGGAUGACCAGCACGAGUCGUACAUGCUCCAGGAGCAGCAGCCCCGCCGAUCCGACAAGAUUGACAUGCGUGUGCACGCUUGUUUGUACUUCAUCCGCCCCACUGGUCACACUCUGAAGCCUCUCGACAUUGAGGUCAUGAAGCGCCUCAGUUCCCGCGUCAACCUGAUCCCCGUUGUUGCCAAGGCCGAUACCUUGAGCCACGGUGAUCUGGCUCGUUACAAGGAGAGAGUGAGGCAUCAAGAUCUACUCUCCCCCGUCGAAGAGGACGACGAGCACGCCGCCUCCCACGCCCGCAGCCUCAUGGCUGCCAUGCCUUUCGCCGUUAUCGGUUCCGAGAAGGACGUCAAGGCCAACGAUGGCCGCGUUGUCAAGGGUCGACAAUACGCCUGGGGUGUUGCUGAGGUUGAGAACGAGGACCACUGUGACUUCAAGAAGCUUCGCUCAAUUCUGAUCCGCACCCACAUGCUCGACCUUAUUCACACCACCGAAGAAUCGCACUACGAGGCCUACCGCGCCCAGCAGAUGGAGACCCGCAAGUUCGGCGAGGCACGACCACGCAAGCUCGACAACCCCAAGUUCAAGGAGGAAGAGGAGACCCUGCGCAAGCGCUUCACCGAGCAGGUCAAGGUCGAGGAGCAGCGUUUCCGCCAGUGGGAGCAGAAGCUCAUUUCCGAGCGCGAUCGUCUCAACAAGGACCUCGAGGCCACCCAUGCUGCGAUCAAAUCCCUCGAACAGGAGAUCGAGGGCCCGGUAAACGCAGUAACCUUCUCCAGCUACCCAGGCACCUACAUCCUAACAGGAUCCUCCGACCGAACCGUCCACUUAACGCGUGCAAUCCCAAGCACCAAAACAAACGAGCCAAUCGAAACAACCUCCCCAAUCCAAAAAUACGAAGCACACGGCUACUCAGUCUUAGACAUCGCCGUCGCAGCCGAUAAUGCCCGCUUCGCCAGCGUAGGCGGUGACCGCCAGGUCUUUCUCUGGGAUGUUGAACAGGGAAUCACCACAAGACGAUGGUCAGGUCAUAACAGUCGCAUUGAAGCCGUGCAGUUUGCGGGGGAGGGAGAUGGGGUUGUAGUGACUGGUACGGAUCCAAGAUACCCCUCUACACACCCAGACCUGCAACCCAGACCACCCACUAACAACUCCGAUGUAACAGGCAGCGCAGAUACAACCAUCAACCUCUGGGAUACACGCGCCAACAGCCACAAACCAAUCCAGACUCUCGCGGAAGCAACAGACACGGUCUCUAGUCUGCAUGUACAUAUGGGAUCAUAUUCCAUCGCGAGCGGCAGUUAUGAUGGCCACGCGCGGAUUUAUGAUGUGCGCACUGGCAAGACGAGUGUGGAUGUCCUUGCGCACCCUGUUACUAGUGUGCGCUGUUCCGCCGACGGGAAUGCUUUGCUUGUUUCCACGCUUGACGGGUUUAUCCGAAUGAUGGAUCGCGUUGAUGGGGGGUUAUUGAAGGCAUUUGGGGAUGGGAAUAAGGAGGAGAAGGAAGUUGGGAGGGGGUCUAAGUAUCGGAAUACAGAGCUGAGGGUGAGGUCUGUCUUUGCGCAGAGUGAUGCUGUUGUGUUGAGUGGUGGUGAAACUGGGAGUGGAGAUGGGGCAGCGGCAUUUGCGUGGGAUGUUAUUAGUGGGGAGUGCAUUGCUGCUGUUCCCAUGGGGGAGAAGGUCAAGGCUGUCAGUUGUGUGGCGUGGAAUGAGAAGGGUGGGGAUUGGGCUGCUGGGUGUUCUGAUGGUACUGUUCGAGUCUAUGGCUGA